AAGCGUGCGAUAGAAUUCAUAACACACAUUUUGUCGCUAACAAAUAUUCUAACGACGGAACACAAGUCACAAGAGGUCUGUCAUAACCGGUGAACGGCAACAUUUGUUCGGAUCUUGACCCCGUAGAUGAUUCGAAGCGGGGGAAAAGUCUCGCUGGCGUAUCAUCAAUACUUUGUAAGUGGCUCAAGAGAGAGAGAGAGAGAGAGAAAGAGAGAGAGCAGUAGCGAAUAAACAACCCAGUACCGAAUUACUCGUGCGGUCGAUUUGUCCACAGGGUUUUAUUAAAACACUUGGAAGACUUGACGCAUUCCAUUUACCAGAGUUCGUCCACCAAACAUGAGUACUAAGGCCAUACCCAGCUCUUACACUAUUGAUGGAUUGUUGGGACUCAACCGAGACGAUGAACACAAACACCGUACAAAACUGGAACGUGUUUUCGACGAAGCAGUAGACCGUAAGCUGGGUCACAGCACAGAAGAGAGAAAACAAGAGAACGAUGCGGAAGCAAAUUCAGCGGAUCAGAAACACGAUGAUACUAAAAGUGGAGAUGAACUUAAAGUGAAAAGCGACGAUGAAGAAGAUCAGGAGAGUAAUUGUUCACCAGGAAAACUUAGGAAACAGCGUCGAUACCGUACAACCUUCACAAGCUAUCAGCUGGAAGAGUUAGAAAGGGCUUUCUCUAAGACUCAUUAUCCAGAUGUGUUCACAAGAGAGGCACUGGCCAUAAAAAUUGAUUUGACUGAAGCGCGUGUUCAGGUUUGGUUUCAGAACCGACGAGCGAAAUGGCGUAAGCGUGAGAAGGCUCAAGGUGUCCGCCUCCAUGCUCCACUUGGACUGGGUAACACUUUAGUUCCUCCCCCACUGUCAGCUUACACCUCUGAACUAACGGCUGCUAGCAGGAACCAUGAUCAAGAAUGGGAUUGUGGUUUUUCCUCCGCAAUGCCGCCUCAUCCGCCGCCUUCUUUUCCGGCCCUCCGACUUCCCUUACACCCCGCGGCUUGCCCACAGUCAGGUAGUAUGGCCCACUUUUAUUCACCGUAUUACACCCACCACUCGGAGUACUUUUCGGCGGCGGCCAUACUGAGCGGCGGCAAUGGCAGCAGCUCACUUCUAACGGCAACCUCCGUGCCCUAUAAGUCACCAGUGUUUAAACUCUCUCCCGUUGUGUCAUGUGGUUCAUCUCCUCGAAGCGUUUCACCGGUAGAGCCAGACAGAAGAACAACCAGUAUCGCGGCACUUAGACUGAAAGCACGAGAACACGCCGCCUCCUUGAGCUGUGUCUCUUCCACUGAAUGAAUUGCUUUUAAUCAUAUUUCACACGUGCUGCUUACGUCUGAGUAAAUUUUAGGAAAGAAAAUAGACACUACUUGUGAACUCGUUCUUUCAGCAUAAAUUUUUAAUUAGUUUCUCAAAGGAUCACCCCUUCAUUUGUUCCUCUAUUGUAAAGUAUAUAUCGACAGAAAAACAGGUAUCUGGUAAAGAUUUGUACGUUGUCUCGAACUGUUCGCGAAUUCUAUCGAAUGUCUUGGACUUCAAGAGUUGUUAAUUUGUUUGGGGCGCGACUCCCUGCGAAACAACCACCCGGUCAAUAAUUUAAUAAACGUCUUUGUUUGCGUUACUUGUACACGAGUUCUUAACACGGGAUCACUCAAAUCACGCUGAGAUGGGGACCAUUAACGAGAGCAGAAGACCCGCCGCUGUCGGCCGCUUUGUUCGCGUCAUCAAAAAAUAUUGCUCUUCUAAUAGGAUAGCGGGAAGGAUUGCGACGCUGAGAUUAUCAAGGAAUUAGUCGCAUUUGGCAAUCUAUCAAUGAGAUAAUUGGUGAAUCAAUUACAGAAAACUUUCCAUUUGAUAUUACAAGCUUGCCUUAUUUGGAAGGGACACCGGAUAGCACCUGCCCCAGCGCUGUGUUGGGUGAAGCUGACAGACGCACAUGUAGUCGUGUUUACUAGGUUCGGCUUGAGUGCAAAAUUUACUCCUUACUUUGGACGAAUUUAAUUAGGCCUACAAAGCACGGUACUAUUAACUUAUGACAACAGUCGAAUUCUUG